AAUUGCUUUUUGGCAGUCACCUUGUCAAAAUAAUGGAAAAUUCACAACUUUCUUCCCACGAUAAAGAUGUAUUAACGAGGAUUUUCAAUCCAAGUUUGCCUUAUGGUGAUAACGUUGAAGGAGAUGUACCACUUGAGGAAAUUCCAGAGGAAGAGACAGAUGAGGUGAAGGAAGCUAAAAGACUUGAGAUUGAAGGUGUCAAAGCAGCAGAAUCAGGGAAUAUUGACAAGGCACUUGAGUUGUUGAAUCAAGCUGUAACCAUAGCACCUGACCAUGCUUCAAGUUAUAAUAACAGAGCUCAAGCUCUUAGGUUACAUGGUGAUGUGUCAGGGGCUUUACAGGAUCUAAAUAAAGCCAUAGAGUUGAGUGGGGGACACAGGAAGGUAGCUUGCCAGGCGUAUACUCAGAGGGGAAUUAUUAAACGUCUUGAAGGUGAUGAUGAUGGCUGUAAAGAAGAUCUGAGGAAUGCUGCAAAUCUUGGUGGACAGUUCGCUAAACAGCUUCUUGUAACCAUGAAUCCGUAUGCUGCUCUGUGUAACCAGAUGCUUGGUGAAGUUAUCGGAAAAUUACGGAGUGGAGAAGGGGAUUUGCCGAUGGAAUAGAUUUCAUGAUCGUAAUAAUUGUUUAUGAUUUGAUUGAUAUUAAAUCCAACAAUGAACAAAACAGUUCAGACUAUGAUGUAGAAAAUGAAAUAAAAUUGCAUGAACUGAUAUUUACAACAAAUGUUUUAGGUUUGCUCAUUUAUUUAGAACUGAACUUUUUAUAGCAUCAAGUUUUAUUAUGAGAAUGGUCAGUAUUAAGCAUAAUUAUAUAAAGAUGAUAAAAUUUAAAACUAAAUCUUUACAAAAGGUGCUGCUAUUAUCACUAUUAUCAACAGUUGUAUAUUUAAGUGUACAUUGAAUCUCAAGAUUUGUUUAUUUUAUGUGUACAUGUAUUAAGUUUUUUAUAUUCUUAAAAAUCCUCUGUGCAUUUAAACAUCUAAACAAUACUCUUAAGAAAGAAAGAAAAUGUAAUGAGUUUAAUGUCACUAUGAUACUAUAAAGUCAAGUAGAUUUGGGUAGAUUAGGGUGGAAGGGCUUAAGACUGUUUUACUUAGUCAGCCCACAGAAUUGAUUCUUCUAAGUUAUACCUCUUUUUUAAUCAUUUUCAACCUUUCUAAGUCAUUUAGUCAAUUGUAUUUUAAGAUUUUAUGACACUUUCUUAGGGGAUCAAAAAUAUUUUCAAAAUCAUUUAUAUUCUGUAUGGGAAGCAACUGAUAAAUUGUAUGGGCUGGCUCAUUUUCCUACUCCUCAUACUGUAUAUUCUUUCAAAUUCUACUUAAUGAUAUGAAUUGACAUCUGGAAUUUUCUUUCCGGGACAGUGUAGUGUUAAUGUGAUUAACUUACUUUUUUGAUUUUGUUUGUUUUAACUGGGAACAGUUUCCAUUGUUAUAUUUGUCAGAAAGAAUCUCAUUUUCAAAUUUACUAAAUUUUAUACAUGUAUAUUUGAGUCAUUGAUAACAUAAAAUUGUGAGUUUUCAUUUUAACAUGUAUAACGUUUGUUUUGAAAAUCUUUAUUAUUCUAUAAAUGUGACUAUUUUUGUUAUUUUUAACUGAUAAUUUAAGGUCUUAUAGUGUGCAAUGGUUGUAAUUCAUUCUUUAUGUUUUAAGAAAUUACAACUGUUUCACGCCAAGCCCAUGUUAUGUUUACCUGGGACACAAUAUAACUGGACAGAUAGCUACAGAUUAUAUAUGAGGUCUAAUGUAGGUGUCAAAUUGACACCUGAUUGGUUUGAUUAACAAUUGUGUGAUUUUGCUAUUAUUAACUUGCCUUUAUCAAAAAUAAAAUUACAUUGAUAAUUUGACAUGUCUUCCAUUCCAUAUGACAUUUUGUGUCCUUAUGAAUUACAUGUAUUUAUGUAUGUAUGGCUUUCUUUUAACUUAGUUUAAGUUUUUGCUUGUUAGCUACUUAACCAUACAUCUCAUUCUGAAAAUUGUUGCUCUGUAUGUUUUUUGCUAGUUUGUAAAAAGGUUGUGUUACAAACAAAUCAACACAUAUUUUAUGAUAUUGAUCCAAUAAAAUAACACUUACAGUGUUAGUAGUAACUGAUAGUUUCAAAUUCAAAUCAGAUCAAAUAUACAUUCAACAAAGGGUUAAUUCCAAUAUAUAUUAUAGAAUUUUUCAACAUUCCUAGUCAUUAGAUGAAAGAGGUUUAUUAUGUAUCAUUUAUGUUUGUUUUUUUGACAUCUAAGUCUUAUUCAUGUUCAUUGUUAUGUGCUGCAUUUAGUUUGUUAUUUAGACGCAAGAAAGACAGUUUAGUAUGAAAUUGCAAUUUGAAUCAAGGGAGACAAUUUAGUGAAGAAUUGUCUCUUGAAACAAGGGACACAAUUAAAAUAAAGAAAUGCAUUUUGAAACAAGGCAGACAAUUCAAGUAAAGAAUUGCCUUUUGAAACAAGGGAGGAAGGCAAUUUAAGUACAUGUGUAAAUAACAAAGGGGAUAUCCGCGCAGUCUGAUCAGGAUCCAUGCUGUUCGCUAGCAAACCCUAUAACAAGUAGAGAAACUGAUAGUGAACAGCAUGGAUCCUGAUCAGACUGCGCGGAUGCGCAGGCUGGUCUGGAUCCAUGAUGGUCGCAAACGCAUUAUGUUGGUUUUGUCAUGACGCGGCUCAAAUGAAAUAUUGAUUUUUUGUGCAGUUCAUAGCCUGAUUUAAGCGCUGCAAUGCUUUUCCUUUUUUUGUGAAUAUAAAUGAUUAUUUUUGGAAAAAUAGGGUGAGAGAUUGAUUU